GCGUCCUGCAGUGGGUGAUGGGAAUUGUAGUCCGAGUGGCUCCAGAUCAGGGGAGAAUAAAUGGUGGGAGACUACAUAACCCAUAGUGCACUGCAAGUAAGCCGCCUGCGCACUGUGCUGACCUGUGCCUCUUCAUUCAUGAGCGCCGAGCGAGAGAAAAAAAAUGCAUUUCACAGAAAGUGGGGCUGAUGGACGGUACUGAGUCGGAGACUCUGCAGUUUAUCAAUGAUUCAGCCACAAACCCCACUGUGAAUCUGCAAAAGCAACGACUGCAUCUUCUAUACUCCCAAUGCUUAGCACUGGGGUAUCAAAUUCAUUUUUAUAAAUUUGUUGUUGAUUUAAUAUAUUAUUAAAGAAAAUACUACCCUCCCGGCUACUGCCAAACGCUUCAUUCACAAAAAUUACGCAGGAUCUGCCACUGUGCGCCCUCACGCCGAGCGGUACUGCAUCUACAAAGCAGAGCAUCCCCCAAUUGCACCUGGGUGUUAACGGAACUUGUUAUUAUUCUGGGGACGUUUAAAGGAGUGGAAUUCGAGUGCGGAUCAAGAAGACUGAGGCAAAUGGAGUCUCGGAUUUCCCUCGGGAAUGCUGGAAGCCCCGCUUCCGUGUUCCAACCCUUGCUGGACGGUCGCUUGCCCUAUGGCAGAUUGCAGCAAACCACAAUCCUGCCCAUGGACCAGAUGAAACCAAACCGCCUGGAGAACGAUUAUGUGGAAAACCCGAUCGCCACCCAGCCCAGCAGGAACCCGAGUGCCCACAGCAGGCCGCCCCAUCAGGAGAGAUCCGGUGGUCACCGCGACCAGGGCUGUGACCACCACCAGCUCUCCAGCCACAGUAGCCUGUCUUGGACUUCCAGCAGCAGACCUGGUUCGAUUAGCAGUAGCAGCAGUACCUCGUCUGAUCAGAGGCUACUGGACCACGCUGCCCCGCCGUCCGUGGCCGAUCAGCCUGGCUGUGAGAGGGCCGUUCAAUCACAGCCCAAGUCGUCCGGCUCCAAGGCCAUCGAUCUUAAGGAGACCUCCCAGCGCCAGGAGACUGGCAAGCACGUGUUACUCUGCGAGGGCUGCGGGAAAUGCAAGUGUGCUCGCUGCACCUCACCCAGAACUCUCCCCUACUGCUGGGUCUGCAAUCAGAGUUGUCAGUGUAGCCCGCAGGACAUUGUGAACUACGCGACCUGCAUGUGCCUGGUCAAAGGGAUUUUCUAUCACUGUACCAAUGAGGACGAGGAGGGCUCUUGUGCGGACCACCCAUGUUCCUGCUCCCACUCUAACUGCUGUGCCCGCUGGUGUUGCAUGGGCACCACGUCUGUGUUCCUGCCGUGCUUGUUCUGUUACCUGCCAGCAACUGGGUGCGUCAAGCUAUCGCAGAAGUUUUAUGACACAGUCAGCAGGCCGGGCUGCCGGUGCAAGAACUCCAACAGCGUGUACUGCAAGGUUCCGGAGGUGUCGGCCUGCAGUGCGGACAAGCCCUCAUGAUGCAGGGCUGCCCUUCCCAUUGCUCGCAUCUGUACUUUAUUGGUUCAGCCCUUUGCAAGUUUUUUUUUGUUUAUUUUUUUAAGUACAUGGUUUAUUCAGUACUGAGUGGGCAAACCUUUCCUGCAGCUUUCUGAAAAGGACCUAAUAUAUAAUUAUGUGAAGCCUUUUAGAAGCAGCUAAAUAUGGGGUUUUCAAAAGUUCUUUCAAAUCCCCGUCGUUUCCCCUGAUACUCCUCUCAAAAACUAAAGGGUUUCAUUUUUUUGUUGUCGUUGAUGUGG